CAGAUUCAAAACAGUACUACACGGGCCCCGGUCGGGAUUAAUCGAACCCCCUCUUUGGACGAUAACUCCUCCUUUAUAUUCCAGUACAGGUUUGUUCGAGUAUUGUGAAUGGUUGAAGGGAUUGUGUUUCGUAUUGGUUAGACGGACUUUGGUAUUACGUUUUGAUUCGUUGAUCCACAUUGCCCGGUGUCCGGGUAAAAUGGCGUCGGAAGAACACUGCUCGGUACCACCUCGAUGGCGGUCGAUAUCUCUAACCCACGUAGAGUUCCCUGCUGGUGAUCUGACGGGACAAUUGUUGGCCUACACCAGCCUGCUACCCAUAGUGAUCCUUGUGGGAUUUGUCACCCUCAUAGUGUUCAAGCGUGAACUGCACACGAUCUCCUUCUUCGGUGGGCUCGUACUGAACGAAGGGGUGAACUGGCUGCUGAAGCAUAUUUUAAGGGAGCCCCGCCCAUGUGAAGGAGCUCACGCAACCCUGACCACUGAGUAUGGGAUGCCCUCCAGUCAUUCCCAGUUCAUCUGGUUUUUUGUUGUUUACUUCUUUCUUUUUCUUUAUUUAAGAAUGCAUCAAACGAACAACGCUCGCUGUGUGGAGCUGCUGUGGAGACAUAUACUGUCCAUCACCUUGUUAGGUGUGGCCUUCUCUGUGUCAUACAGCAGGGUUUACCUGUUGUACCACACCUGGAGUCAGGUAUUCUACGGGGGAGUGACCGGUAGCACCAUUGGAGUAGUCUGGUUCUUCUUCACACAGGAGGUGCUGACACCGCUAUUCCCCAAGAUGGCAGCAUGGCCGAUAUCAGAGUUUUUUCUGGUGAGGGACACAAGCCUGAUCCCCAACAUCCUGUGGUUUGAGUACACGGUGACCAGAUCAGAGGCAAGAAACCGACAACGGAAGCUUGGAACAAAACUUCAGUGAUCGUAGCAGUUCCUUGGUGAAACUGAGUAAAGGACCACACACAUAUGCACACGCACACACACACACACUCAUAAAAAAACACACUGGAGAAUCAUCUUCUGGACUGACCUGGUUGCAAUGAAAAAAGGGCCAACCCAUUUACAGGUGGACCUAAAGAGAGUGCCAGGACUCGGCCCGGAGCCUGCAGCCUGAGCAAGUCCGUCCACAUCCCUCUCCUUGUACAGCUUGCCCAAAUGCUCCCCCGACGCAUACAAGACCGUGAAAGAGGCAUACUAUUUAAUGAUAAAUUAAUAUAUACUUUAACUGUAAACUCACACACAGACAGUAACCAUUUACUGUAAGAAAGAGAUUUUCAGAAACCAACAGAGGGCUCUUGUCAAUUAACACAACAUUGGCUGGUGUUAAUACAGCAUGAAAUUUGUGACUUUUUUGGGGGGUUUGCUGGUGGGGGAAAUAUGAGAUUGGUGGGGUAAACCCUUGUUUGUUUUUUUGGUCUUGUAUUACAGAAAAGAGAACCAUUUUUAAAACUCUGGUAUAACAUGUAAUAUAUAAAAAAUGUGUACUUUGUUCAAAUUAAAGAGAAAAGUGUGUGGGGGUGUUAACACUAUUUACAUGAGAGGUGGGUGGUGGGGUUAACACUAUUUACAUGUGAAAGACCCCCGUUUCCCCCUCUGAUACAUCUUGUCAGCCCAAUGUAUUCGGUUCCAAAAUGGACUUGCAGGCGUUUAAGCACUCACAUACUGUACAAGCCAAGGCUAGUGUACCUUCUGUACAACUUGAGGUCUCGAUUAUGUUUGAGAUGAUGCAGAAGAAGAGAAACGAGCCAUAACAUAAAAGGGCUCUGUUCUUUUUCUAUUCCUCUUCCACACAGGGAGCGAAGGAGUGUUUUCUUAACCCCUUUCUCCCUGCAUGUCUGACACCCCAGUAGCACAAACCUGGGACUUAUAUUUUUCCUUUUUUUUGCGGUUCUAGAGAACAUGAAACAGUGGCUUAACACUUGUCGUUCCUAACUUUCUUUUUACCGGUCUUUUCAAAACAUUCCAUAUCAUCUGGUGAAAAAACAAAUGAUAUGACUGCUGAGGGGAAAUGUUAUUAAUGUUAAUUUUAUUUUUUUAUUUUUUAUUAAACCGCAGGUCAACCUGUA